UAGAGAGUGAAAGGUUCUCAGCGGUUACUCCUGCGCCAGUAUAGAGUGACAGGUGCUACUCCCUCGUCAGUAUAAUAUGAGAGCCAGCAGAUGCCCAUGUGAGUAUGCAAGAUGAUGGGGCCAAAGCGUAGUCUAGCGGGCGUAAUCUGCCUCCUCGCCUGGGCCUCACAUCAACUCAUGGUCACUACCACCCUGGGUGAGGAAGUGGUAGCUGGGGCAGUGCUCGGGCCGGGUUUCUCACUGGUGUGCAGCCCUCCUGCUUUUGCUGCUCUUCGUGGCCCUCCUCCUCCCUCGAGAGAUGGUGGUGGUGUUCGCACUGCUGCUGCUGCGACUGGAAGCGACAGUAGUUCUGCUGGCUCUGCUGAUGGUUCUGAGUCAUCUCUCCAACGUAUUGACAGCAGCAUUGCGUCAUCCAAAGGACCAAAUACCAACCUGACGUCCUUUACCUUCUGCGCCUUUGUCAAGAUGUCCAAGAGUCGACUACGAUCCCCUCUGUUUACCUACGUUGGGAGGAACUGGACAGUCGCUCUAGACAUGACCCGCCUGGGGGUGGCGCUGCGGGUGCAGGAGACGGCCCCGGGCGCGGUGCUCAGUUACUUCUUCGAGGCUAAAUUUCCUCCUGACGUCUGGCGCCACUUGUGUGUCCAGUUCGACCACCUCAAACGCCAGGCUGUUUGCUUCGUGGACGACGCAAGUGAGCCCCUCUCUGCUGACUUCGAAGUGACAGAGGGAGGAGAAGCUUCAGGAGCUUCUGAUAAGAAUGAUUUAGUACUCGAAGACGGUGGCAACGCCGAAUGGAUAACAGCAGAUGAACUCAGCUCAACCAGAAGCAGUGACAGGCCAGGUGUUGGGAAGGACCAGGCGCCACAACCUGUGAUGAUCGGAGAGAUGUGUGUGGGCGGAGGCCACCGUGGCACCCUGGAGGCUGAGGUGGCUCGAGCAGCACUGUGGAGGAUGACAUUUGGAAAGGAUGUGCUAUCCCAAGCCUCGGGGUGUCGGGGAAGUCUGGCUAUGGAAGACCCCUACAUGGCGAUGGGUCCGCUGUGGUUGGCUGCUGGUAAUGUUACUCUGGGGCCAUACAGGCUAGACGAAGUGUGUCGCUCCUUGAUGUGGGUAGUUGUGGUCCGGCCGGCAAGGUCAUACGCCUUUCAUGUGAUGGUGUGCCAAGCUCUGGGUGGCAGACUCAUGACUAGCGAGGGUCUCACCUCUGAAGUCAUGGUCUUAGCGCGUGGCACCAACGACUCGUGUGUGGGCUCCGGCGGGCUGGUGACUUGGUUGUUGGGAGGCAAGGAAGGUCGUGGUGCAACAACACAGAUCACGGCAGAAGAUGAGUGCCCUGCCCAGGGCACUGACGGAGGGAUAUCUGCCGCAUGUGUAAGACAGUUGAAGUGUUCCCUCUGCCAGUUGCCCUCGACGGUCAUGUAUACUCUUUAUGGUCAUGACGGAAGACUGUUUGAUUAUAAUUUCUACAUAGACGUAGUUAGUGGCGAGCUGAUAUUCAGAGGUCUCGGAGGGUCAGAAAUAGUUCGUGUGGGCAAUGGGUGGGUGUUGAGAUCAGUGCUGCACCAGAUGGAGUGGGUUCUGGGAGAGGCUGCGGUGCCUGUGGGCCGCCAGUGGUGGCUUGGAGGGCCAGACAAAGUGCUGCUCGCCCUCACCACCUGCCGCACCACACAGUUCACCUGCGACACCGGCCAGUGCGUGCCCCUCACCUCUCGCUGCGAUGAUAUUGUCCAGUGUAGCGACAGGUCGGACGAGACCAACUGUCGAGUGAUAGACAGGUUGUCUGGAUACGACCCCUACUACCCUCCGCCCCCACGACCACGUGAAGAGAAACCAAUGAAUCUCUUCUACCACGUCGAUGUGUACAGCAUGGACGACAUGACCACCGAGGGCGGCAAGGCGACGAUGAACGUGGGGAUGACGCUCACAUGGUUUGACUCUCGACUGAAAUUUCUGAACCUGAAGCCCGAAGUCAAGAAUUACUUCCCCUGUGAACUGGUGUGGACCCCGAGUGUUCGAGCCGUCUCAGGCCACGGUGAGGGCACAGUCCUGGAGACCAGCAACUAUGAGAAGUUCUGCUACGCCUACGCUGAUGAGAACACUCACAGGCCCCUCCAUGAUCCCUUCAUGAGCCACCAGGCGGACGGGUCGACUCACGCCAUCUACAACUAUGUGGGUGUGGUGGCGUCUGUGCCCUGCCACUUCCAGCUGCAGAUGUACCCCUUCGACUUCCAGCUCUGCAACAUCUCCUUCAUGCUCAUGAACGCCCCCUGGACCAGAGUCUUCAACAAGUCUCAGAAGGGAGAGAGGGUUCCUUACCUGGACUCUCGUCGGGUGCUGCUGGAGUACGAGCUGAAGGACCUGACGACGGAGGUCGGGUGGUUCCUGCAGGGCACCGACAACAACACCUAUUUCGUGCUCACCUUCCAUCUGAGCCGCCUCUACGGCUACCACGUCGUCAACAGCUUCUUCCCCAGCCUCCUUAUGUUCUUCAUCGCCUACGGCACGCUCUUCUUCCAGCUGGAGGACUUCGAGAACCGGAUCAUGGUGUCUUUGACGGCCCAGUUGGUCCUUGCUGCUCUCUUCACAUCCACCACGCAGUCCUCAGUCAAGACGCCUUACCUCAAGCUCAUCGACGUGUGGUACGCUUCUAUCAUCACGUUUUGCUUCGUCAUUGUCAUUAUCCAGACCGUGAUCAAUGUGAUCUUCAACAGCAUCAGACUACCACCUUUUGUCCUUUGGGUUGUGGGUCUACGCUCGCUCCAGCUGCCAGGUGACAAGACCCUGGUGACGUCACUGAGAGUGGAAGGCAACAAAACAGGGCAACAGCAGCAGCCGUCCGGGGAGGAGGUGGCAGGUCGCUACAACACCAUGUUUGGCGUCGUCAUUCUUCUUGUUGUCCUCACCUUCGUCGUCUUCUACAGCAUGAUGGCCAUGAGGCUCCUGUAGCGAGAUAGGCAUGACCAGGAGGCUUCUCCCUGGUCAUGCUGGUUAUAAGUGUAGUCACAAAGCUCCUAUAACGAAAUAAACAUGACCAGGAGGCUUUUGUAAUACGAUAAGCAUGGUCAUGAGGCUUCUGUACCGAGAUAAGUGUAGUUUCAAAGCUCCUGUAACGAGAUAGGCAUGACCAGGAGGCUUCUCCUGGUCAUGCUGGUUAUAAGUGUAGUCACAAAGCUCCUAUAACGAGAUAAGUAUGACCAGGAGGCUUUUGUAAUACGAUAAGGAUGGCCAUGAGGCUUCUGUACCGAGAUAAGUGUAGUCACAAAGGUCCUGUAACGAGAUAAACAUGACCAGGAGGCUUCUGUAAUGCGAUGUGUGGUCAUCACUCUUUUUGGCUUCAGUUCAACGGUACUUGAACGCUUAAUUCGAUGAUACUCGCCAAAGGUCAUUAAUUCCCACCUCUACAAUUAACAUGUGAUUGCUGUCAUCAU